AUGGGAGCAACCAAAACGCCCAUGCAACAAUCAUCGAGCCUCCGCGCUUCCACUUCUAUGGCUGCGCAUGCCAGUGUCGGCUCGACCCUGAAUAGCCCACCCCCAUCUUUUGCCAAGUAUGCUAAGAUACAACCAGCUAUCGCCAUAAAGCCCAAGCCACUGACCCCGUCACCUUCUGUGAAAACAGCCUUCAAUCCCCACUACGAUCCUUCAUCGUCAUCGUCGGCCACAUUACUCCACGAAGAGGCUAUCAACACACUGCGAAAAUGGAUUCUUCCGCCAAGACCAAGACCAGGACGCAAACCGAGCGCGCAAACUGCCGCAGCAGACGAAAGGAAAGCGGCAUGCAAAAAGAAACCGAAGAUGCUGCGUUUGACUAAACCCGAUCUGGGCGAUAGUGGGAAUCUGGCACCACUUUCAGCAAAGAUGGAGGGUUCCGCGUCGACGAACUCGAUGUCCUCAGCAAUGAGUAUUUCAUCUUCAAGCUUUUCGCAACUGGAUAGCAAACCGUCGAGUCUGCUGAUGUCCACGCAGUCCCAUGGAUCAUCCAGCGUGUCAGUAGCCCCCGCUAUUGAUACGACGUCGCGCCCAACUCUUCAACCUGCUCCACGGCAAGCCACUGAUCUUCGCAGCACGUACCUUGCUAGGCUCAAGGAGCAAGAGCUUAUUCGCAACUACAUCGAAGUACUCACUAAUCAGAUCAAAGAGCUUCGAUUUGUUCAAAGCGGCGUUAUAACAGUAGAUGCUUUGGACUCUAGUUCGCGUACGCUGCCUAAAAUUGCUGUGCCACAAACGGUUGAACAGCUUGACCAGAUCAACAAUAUACAUGACUUGGAUCGCUUCGUUGCACAUCUCACAACGCAGUCCAACGUGAUUCACAGCGUCACAAAAAAACUUACUUCAGGAACUGGUUCACAAGGUCCCGGAUUGCAACUGCAAAUUCGCUACUAUUUAGAACUUCGGGCAAAACACCGUGCAACUGGUACGCCCCGCGCUCCACCACCCAGACAGGCUGUAGCCCCACCAAUUGCAGCUGCGCCCAAACCAGGAUUUACACCAAGUCUUCUACGACCUUUGAAAAUGAACUUGUUUGAUAGUGAAGAUGAUGUGAUUGAUGUCGAUAUCAUCAACGACGGAGAUUCGCUUCUCGAUCGUGAAACAGGUCGCGCACGCGCUCCAGACGAAGGACUUCUGGAACAGUUUGGCGAUACGCUGACCAAAGAAACGCUUCCAUUUCUAACGAAGGAUAAGGAUGGGAAGACGCUCAGCCGGGAGAACCUUGCUGCCUUCAACCGCGACAAUAUCAGCCUGCUCAGCCGGGAGAACCUUCUCGCGCUCGGCCGAGAUACUACUCUGUUCAGUCGAGACAACUUCGGCCCGCAAGGACAGGAUUUCUUUGCGACUGAUCGUCUAAAAUUGGAAGAGUCGGCAGCACCGGACAUUCUCGGCCUUGCAGGCGAGGUCAGGAGCGAGCGCAAGCUGCGCAAGAUGGUAUGCGGCUUUUGCAACACAGAGACACCAUGUCUUUGUUUCGAUGCAGACAACAUUUUUGGCGAGUAA